UGCGGUGCCAGAACUGACCGACAGCUGAAGCUGUUCGUUAAAACCGGGGAACGGCGGCGUCCGUGAUCAUUCAUAACGGCAAGGGGGAGAACUUGAGAAUCAAGCCGACAAAUCAAACAGGAAGCGGAAUUAAAGCAGGGUUCAUUCGUAGGGACUAGAAGUGCGCUUGGAUAUAGCAUUCUCUCUUCGGCGUCUUUGUGUUCUCAUUGGUAUCACUGUAUGGGCAAUACUGAAAGUUUUAUCAGCGAGUGAGUUUCUUAUCCAUUCUGCGUCCCUUUCCCAAUGAACCCAACGCACUUGGAGACGGGCGGCAGGCUAAGCAUGGGAUUACUUUUGUGAUGUGGAUUGUAAUAGCCUUGGAAGAAAAAAUUGAUCUACUUCUCAACAAUGUGAGAGGACCUGCGUCCUGGAUUCUCAUAUUUCUGGAUAUUCUGAAAAUAAUCGGCAACAGCUGAGAGACGUUAUAACAUAUUUUCCGUGGGUCUCACGCUCUCUCAGGUGUCUGCAUGCGUGUUGUGAGACCAACAUGGGAUUGUUGUUGCCCCUAUAGGUCGGACCCCGUGCGAAGAAGCCUUUACUCAUGUCUAACUUGCUUUCUGAGACCUUUACCAAUGCGUUUGCUAAAGUCCGCCUAUCAUCGGAUAGGGUUUUAAAAAGAGUUAUUCGCCUUAUAAAUUCAAUCAUGAACUUUGCCGUUGGCGUGCUCCAGUUAUUUAUUGUGACGCUUCUGUAUUUUUCAGCUGUCAAGAGUGCCUACAUACCCAGGGAGGGAGGCAAAAGCACAUAUGACGUGGUGCCAUUCAUGGAGGUGUAUAACAAGUCACUUUGUCGUCCUCGAGAGGUGCUGGUGGAAAUUCAACAGGAAUACCCUGAUGACAUAGAGCAUAUCUUUAUACCGUCCUGUGUGGUUCUCACCCGCUGUGCUGGGUGCUGCAAUGAUGAGAUGAUGGAAUGCACCCCCACCGUCACAUACAACAUUACCUUGGAGAUUAAAAGAUUGAAACCACUCCGUCAUCAAGGUGACUUUUUCAUGAGUUUUGCAGAACACAGUGAAUGCCAGUGUCGGCUGAAAAAAGAUCUUCCAGAGAAAAGAGAAAAAAAACCCCGGAAGGGCAAAGGCCAAAAGCGAAAGAGAAAGAAAAACCGUGAAAAAAAGCGGGAUUUUAGUCAGUGUGAGCCUUGCUGUUCUACAUGCUCUGAAAGGAGAAGAAGGUUGUUUGUUCAAGACCCCGAGACGUGUCAGUGCUCCUGUAAACACUCUGAAGCCGACUGCAGGUCUAGACAACUAGAACUCAACGAAAGGACCUGCAGAUGUGACAAACCACGGAGGUGAACCGAACAGAUUUCAGAAUGGACUCUGUCAUGAAGGAAUAUUUCACCAAUAACUCACAGCACUUUGAACUUUCAGCUUUGAACUUUGGUCUCAUUUUUCCAUCACGGAGAUAUUGAGAGAAUGAAGUGGGGGGUUAAUAGUCAAUGAAAUGCUCUGUCUGUAUAUUUUCAUGAUUUUCAUGUGUGUAUUAAGCGAACCGAGAGACUGAAAGCACAGGAUUUGAUUUGCUGCUAAAGGGUCU